AUGUCGCAUGCCCUCCUUCUCCGUCUCUUCCUUUCGCCGUCCUUCUUUUCUGUUCAUGUUGCCCUCCAAUAUCUCAGGAUCUAUGCGGACAACAUCGGAAUCACGUACUACCUCACCAGGCGCCUCAGAGAACUCGAUACCCAGGACCUCCGCGAAGUAUGGGGCUUCAUAUGCCAUCUUCUCGUAACAAGACCGUCCCGGUCUAAAGCUUUGGAAAGCUUCGUGGUCGAGAUCUCCCACAAGUCCACACAUAUUGCUAUGCUGACCCUAUGGUAUAUGCAAGCAUACCUCAAGGACCUCACUCAACCUCGCUCGAAUCCCGUUUCCUUCCUCAUAUGCCAACGGGUCAUUCACGAGUGCCAUGAGAUUGUCUUCGGCGACCUCCCUGACCAUUCCACCCCCUACUCCGCGCUCAGUCUCCCGUCGCAACUCCGACCUCUGCGGAGGAAGGUAUGGCCGCAUGUAGAACCCGCUUUGGUCGGCAUUGGGAUGGUCUUGGCAGGCGUACCUGGUAUGCCUCCACUUACUCAAAUCAUGGGUCCGGUUGCGAUCGAGCAAGGCAGUAUCGAUGAGCAGGGUCAAGAUAUCAAAAGUAUAGAGCGGAAUGACGAGGAUGGUAUCGUCCGGACCGUUUCCAUACAGUCCACCGGGGAAAGCCUGGGCGAAGACGAGGACUCCGUCGAUUCCCCGGACCCCAGCGGCGAAGGGCCCUCACAAGGGCACGCAGAACGCAAUGACUCUCGCACACUGUCUGCUAUCCCUUCGCGAUCAACCUCUCGAAGGCAGACCAUCGCCGCGCAGACAAGCCCAGCGCUUCCGCUUCAUUUACGUGACAUUAGGCGACCUCGUCUGUCAGAAGAUCCCUUCGGACAGGAGGAUGCGCCGCCCAAACCGGUCACUACCGCCGCGUCGCCGUUCCAAUCCACUCCAUCUUUCCCCUCGCGACACCCGUACAGACCAAGCAGUCUUCCGAAAGCAGAGCUGCUGCUGCAGAAGUAUGAUUUUGCUUCCCAGAUGCAUAUGUUGCGCUCCCAUUAUUGUAGCUCAGAGGUACAAUUUAUUUUGGCUCUGGAAAACAUCUGCCACAAGCUGUUGGUCGUGCCUAAACCCGCUCGUGUCAGCGCCCUAAGAGCAGAGCUGACGGGCCUUAACCACAUGCUACCGGCCGAGAUUUGCAUGCCGAUGUGGUGUACGUCCUCUGACACAGUUGAACCACCACAAUCAAUCCCGCAACCGCACCACCGGAUUGUGCGAAUACCUCCGGGUGAAAGCGUCGUGCUCAACUCAGCUGAGCGUGCGCCAUAUCUAUUACUCGUCGAGAUUCUCCACGGAGAUCUAGACUUCGACCCCGGCAAACGGGCGAACAAGGAGAUUCUCAAGAGGAUAGUGGUGAAGGAGAGCGAGGCGAAGGGGACGUCAAGAGACCUCGUAUCCUUCACCAAGAGCGAGGCUCAUCCGCGGCCUUCCGUGAUCAUCCCUGACCAGGUGAACGGAUCUGAGGCAGCUCUGGGCAACGACGCUGGGGACGACGCAGAACCAUCAUCCGCGCUCGAAGCACCUGUCGCGUCGCCUUCAGUACUCUCUCCUUCACCAACGGAAGAGGAAGAGAUAGAUCUCGUAGAGCAGCUCUACGGCACGGAGAGCUCCCUCCGCGCGAACGAGAUCGACAUCUCCGACUCCAUCGUCCUACCUCCUCCGCCGAAGAACAAGGAACUUGACAUGGUGACGUGGUCGCGGACAUCUUCGAACCCCGACACCCCCCUCCUCGACAGGCACGACCCGUUCGGCAGCUCGCAUACCCCUUCCCUCGGCCUCAGUAUACCCUCUUCUGUCCUACGGCCCCCUCUGAGUGGCCCAAGUACCCCCAUGCUGCGUCAGCAAAGCCAGCCAGCGGUGCCUCCGACGCGCGUGCUGUCGUUGGACGAGUACUCCGAGCGAAUGCGAACGGCGGCGGUCAUGCUCGCGCAGCUGAACGCGAGCCUCGUACGGGAACCUGUCACCGCUGUCACCGCCCCGGGGAUGCCUGCUCCCCCACCUGAGACCUCCAUGCUCGGCGCGCCCCUACGUUGGCUUCCCGGAACGAGCUGGAUCACGGGCGUGCCUGCCAACGGCAUCGCGCCACCACCCGGUCCCGGGGCGGCCACGGAGGUGUUACGGAUGAAGCUGCAGGCGUCUGAGGCAGCGGCGAUCCGGGACCGCAUCAUGGAGGAGAUGCUGGCGCUGGAGGAGGAGCGGAUGGCGCGGAUGCGCGAGAACGGCGUGAACGAGGCCUCGGUGCAGAUCAGUACUGCGAACGGGGACAUGAAGACGGCGGAAGACGAGGGCAUCAUCCGGCGGGAGCUGAGCAAGGCGGACCCAUCCGCCGUGGUGUUCAGCGAGUCGUGGGCUGCGAAGAAGGCUCGAGUACGACAGGCGUCGCCGUACGGCCAUCUCGCCAACUGGGAUUGCGUGUCCGUCAUCGUCAAGACUGGCGGUGACCUGCGACAAGAACAGCUUGCGGUGCAACUCAUACAGGAGUUUGAGAAGAUAUGGAAGGACGAGAACUGCCAGUGUUGGGUGCGCUACUUCCGCAUCCUCAUCACGGGCAACUCGUCCGGGCUUGUCGAGACGAUCACCGACGCCGUCUCAAUACACUCCAUCAAGAAAGCCGAGUACGCGCGGAGACUCGCAGAGGGCCGGUUCGGGCACGUCACCCUCCUCGAUCACUUCAAGACGACGUACGGUGACCCGUCGUCGGCGAAGUUCGCGCGCGCACAACGCAACUUUGCGAAAUCGCUCGCGGGGUACUCGCUCGUGACGCAUCUGCUGCAGAUCAAGGACCGGCACAACGGGAACAUCCUGCUCGACCGCGACGGGCACCUCAUCCACAUCGACUUUGGGUUCAUGCUCGCGAACUCCCCGGGCAACAUCGGCUUCGAGGCCGCGCCGUUCAAGCUCCCGCUCGAGUACAUCGAGGUCCUCGGUGGGCUCGACGCACCUGCAUAUCGCGAGUUCCGCAAGCUCUUCCGCGAGGGCUUCGACGCCGCGCGCAAGCAUUGCGAUCGUAUCGUCACGCUGGUGGAACUCAUGCAGAAGGACUCGGGGUUGCCGUGCUUCGUCGCGUUCGGCGAGCAGACGGCAUCGAUGUUGCGAGACCGCUUCCAGCAGGGCCUCACGCAGGCUGCUGUCGAGGAGCACGUCCAGCGGCUCAUCGACGCGUCGCUAGGGUCAAACUGGACAAGACUAUACGACUCCUUCCAGUAUUACUCGCAGUCCAUCCUAUAG